AUGUUCGGUGACAUAACGGUGGAGAAAGCGAUUACGUUUACCAGACUGAGCGUGGUUCUGACCUGCUGUUGGCCGCUUCCAUCCUCAGCCACCAAAUCGCAGCAGCUUCGUUUCAAGCUCGUCAGAUUCGCGAUGACGCUGAACGCGUUCAUGCUCCUCUUAUCCUUGCUGUACGCUCUUUACGUGGAACGAAACAACAUUAAAAACUUCACGAAGGCUGCUUGCCUGGCGAUCGCCGUCACGCAGAUAGUGAUGCAGACGAUCUUCUGCAUCACACAGUACGAUCGUCUUCAGCGAUUGAUCGAAGAGAUGAUAGACUGCUACGCGAAGGCGAAACGAUACGAUAAAUACGUGUACCAACAGUACGUGAGAAAGUAUUCGACGUUUUACGGGAUGUCUUCGAUGUGGUUCUACAUGACCGCGACUACUCUUAUCGCGGGCACCUUGUUUAUAUCCGAGCCCUUCCCGAUGAACACCGAGUAUCCGUUCUCCGUCGACUACGAGCCCCUAAGGACAGCCAUCUUUUUGCACCAGGCACUAGUCUGCAUGCAAUGUGCUGCACACGUGUGCAUCAACAUGCUCGGCGCUCUGCUGCUGUUCUUUGCAGCAGCAAGGUUCGAGAUUCUGAUGACAGAGCUACGAAACAUCGUCGACGUUCAGGAUCUCAUAAAAGGCGUCGAAGGAUAUUACUCCUUGAAAAGAUACGCGCAGGAAGUGGUCAAGUCUGUUCAAUUAAUUGCUCUGAAUACGAUAACAAUAUGCGGCGUAGCGCUUGUGCUAUGCGGUAUUAAUUUCAUUGCGCGACAGCCCUUCACGGUCAAAGUGCAAUUUUUAUGCUUGACUGCGACUGCGUUGUUAGAGGUGUUCAUGUGCGCGUGGCCAGCGGAUCACUUGAUAGAUAUAAGCCAGAAUGUUGUCCAAAGCGCGUACGAGUCCACGUGGUACGAGCAAGCAUUGAAAAUGCAAAAGAACAUGCUGUCUAUGCUGGUACCACAGAAGGCGGUGGCCAUUCAAAUCAAAUGUAUCAUUCCGGUUUUGUCUUUGAGCUACUACUGUUCGUAUGUCUCGAACAUAUUUUCCCUGUUCACCGCUUUACGGGUAACGAUGAUGAAGUACGACGACGAAAGUUGA